GUCCAUUUUCUUACCUGCUGCAGGUGCACCAGAGAACGGCGUACUCUAACGCCCUCGUGAGGAUGCAAAGUGGAAGCUGAAAGAAAAGGUGGGUCAAGUCGAAGGACCUCUUCACUUUAAGGAAGAAAAAAAGUUCAUGAGCAACAGGAGGCAACGAAGGCUGUUCAGCAGGAACAUCAAACUCGCAUAAUCCAUGAAAAAAAUUAUACAAAUUGGAUGCAUCGGGAUUAAAAAAUAAACUCCGGUGACGAUAAACGAAGACUAAAGACAAAAUGGAUAAUAAUUUGGAGCAGGGAGAGGUGGUGGAGCAGGACAAGGUGAAGACCCUGCAGUCUCAGGUGGAGGGAGUGAAGGACAUCAUGACCCAGAACGUGGACCGGAUCCUUGCCCGGGGAGAGAGGCUGGACGACUUGAUGGGCAAGUCAGAGGACCUGCAGGCUGGGGCUGAGGACUUCAAGCACACGUCCCAGAAGGUGGCUCGCUCCUACUGGUGGAAGAACAUGAAGCUGUGGGUGGUGAUCGUGGUCAUUGUCCUCAUCAUAAUCCUCAUCAUCAUACUGCUCAGCACUGGCGUCAUCCCAACCAGCUCCCCUGUUCCCAAACCUACUACAAAACCAAACUAGUCAUGUUUUUUCCCACUGUGUUUCAAUGUGUUUUAGCUGAGCUGGUUACUAGAGAGAAUGUCAGUGGGUUUUUUUGUUUUGAAAGAUGGGGAAAAUUUCGCUCCAAUGGUAUAGUGGAAGAGAGGGGGAAUUGAAAGAGGGAAUGGAGAGAGAGUCUGAAGAAGCAUGAGAGCCUUUUGACCUCUAUCCAUGACCUGAUACUCCAUCAUACACAAACUGCGGGAACUCAUGUCAUGACCUAAUGAGGGUUCUCAUGGUCCCUGUACUCAGGCCUUGGAAACUCUGGCUAACUCCAGUCAACCUGUUGUGAGAGAGGUGGAAUUGAACAGCUAACAACUCCCCUUGCUGGUCCAAACAAGUGUCUCAAGCUCCUAGGACUACUGUCAGCCAUCUCAUAGCUUUGUUAAUGUCUUCCUCUCAUAUAAUAGGCCAAUGGCUUUCAGAUCAAUUGUAAUUCAGCAAUUGCUCAACUAUUUUUUUUUCCCACUUAAGGCUUCAUUCAUCAAAAAUGUAUUCAUCCAGAUAAUGUAAUCUUGACUAAAUUGAAACGGUUAAUUGCAUAGUACCUUUUGGUAGGCCUACCUGUUUUCUUUAACUACUUGUGGGUUUUAAUUCAUCUCCCUGCACACUCCAAUGUUACAAUACCAGCCAAGCUUUGGGGAGGUCAAGGAGUUAACUCCCAUGCUUGUAUAUAGUUAUCUUACCUGUAUAUACAUUUGUAAAGCACCCACAUGGGGACCUAAACCAUCCCAGUAGUGUAACAAUGAGGUUAAUUUGAGGCUAUUUAUUAAUGUUGUUUUUAAUCAACAAAACCAAUGAAAGAGAAUUAUAUGGACCCCCCCCCCCCCAAGAGUCCUAUUAGUAGAUAUGUGGUUUAGAGAUAUAAUUGUAUUUUAGACAAGUAGGAUGUAUUGGGAAUUUGGGCCAGUUUCAAUUGCUAUAGAAUUCUAUUAUUUUGUUUUUCAUUUAUUGAUGGAGUUCAAUCAUGUUAUAUCUGAUUAAUUCUAGAAUAAAUAGCAUUUACUUC